AACCACAAGCUGACUCCAUUAACUUUGCCAGCACUCAUGUAUCUUCCAUUACUAUCACGCAACGAGAUGUCUGAAAUGGAAGCACCGCGAUCUACCGCAGCACAACGAAUGCUGGGAGUGGGAGAAUUGCUCGAGAAUGUCCUGCUCUUCGUCGAUGAGGCUGAUGUAUUACGCUGCCGCCGUGUAAAUCGGAAAUUCUUCGAAGUCAUCACCUAUUCCAAAACACUUCGACGAAUGCUAUACCUUGAUGUGGACGACGCAAGCGAUGACAGAAGCAUCAACCCAUUAGCGCCAACCUGGUUUCAUCACAAAAAAUCUGGUUAUCGGAGCAGUACCAUCGCCGCCCGCAUCGAUCUGGUAGAUCUUUGGGCUCAAGCACAAGCCGAAGUCAAGCCCCUGUGGCAUAAAAUGUUCAUCUCAAAAUCGAAGACGAAGACUUGUGUGAUACCUGUCGGAUCUCACACGACUGUGUUCUAUCGACGAAGCUACCCAGAUGGCAUGACUUUCGAUGAUCUCCUCUCGGCACUAAUCGCCGCUUUCGAGAUCAGGAAAGGCCGGCGCUCGAGUCGGGAGAGACUUGAAGAGCUCUCGUACGACAAUUCUGUGCUCAUAUACUGGACUUGAGGCUUCGUUGGAUCGCGAGUUCCAUCUUGACAGUCAAGCGAGUGCAAACCUGAACAAUCAAGCCCCGUCAAGCAUGCACCAGCCAAGCCCGACUUGUGGAUAGGUUGGUGGCGCAUCAGGCUGUUCGCCAAGAACAAGUAUAUCCAACUAUCUUUCCUUCAAAGGCUGCUCCUUGAUAGUCACCUUAUAAAUAUGAUUCUGUCCAGUCAACAACCAUUGACCCUUG